AUGGACUUGAUUCGACUGGACAAAGAAAGGUAACUUUAAGUCAGGUUUAACUCUCACCUAUGUGUAAAGGCAAUAAAAGUCUCAAUAUCUCAGGUAUCAACUUAUCUUCUCAGCCUCUCAUCUCAUCUUUUAAACAAGCCAGGAGUCUCAAAUAUUGAUAAAUGCGCAGACCCUCAGUCUCGUCUGAUACUUCUUGAUGAAUCUUUAAGCAAGCUUUCAACCGAAGAGCUUCCUGAUUCUUUGACCUCAAAAAUCCUGGAUAACUCAGUAGAAAUUAUUGAUCACACCUUAGAUUUAUCAUAUGACUCAUAUUCAUUCCAAGAAAUACUGAGACAGCUUCUUCCAAACACCUUGCCAAUUCUCCCAAACUUCGAAACUAUAGGAGACCUCGCUUACAUUAGGCUAAUUCCUGACUAUUCUGAGCAUUCAAGACUAUAGAGGUUUCCUCUAUAUAGCGCUGAAAGCGCAGACAUUUUCCCAGGAGCUUUCCAAGUUCGUCGGACCGAAUCGCUUUUUGGUCCGACCAAGGCAUUGAUUUGGUGCAACCAACCGAUAAAUUCCGAUCAGAAUUUAUCGGCCUUACAGCGCCAAACAUAGGAAACUUCUAUAAUCGGAGAAGUCAUUCUCGAUAAGAGCGGGAAAAAGUGCGUUGUCGGGAUUUUCCAAGAUAAAGCUGAGGUGAUUGCAGGAAGUGGAGACACCAAAGUAAACGCUGCUGAGCAUAACCUGCACAUAAAAUAUGACUUCCUUAAAGCGCCGCUGGCUGCUGGCUUGGAAAGUGAAAGAAAUAGACUAUUAGAAAAAUUUGAAAAAAAUUCAGUAAUUUGUGACACUUGUGCAGGGGUCGGACAUUUAGCACUGCUAGCCGCUCAAAAAGGGUAUAAUGUGAUUUCAAAUAGUGAAAACGAAGAAAAUUAUGAGGCUUUAGUGGCCAAUGCUAUUAAUAACCAACUUGACAAAAAAAUUUAUGCAUUUAAUCAGAAGCCCCUUGAGAUGCUUGAAAAUAUAAAAGAAUCAUGGGCAAGUAACGAUGAUAAGGAAGCUGAAGAAAUUCAAACCCAGAUGGUCCAUUAUCUCUUAAGGUCACCAGACUUUAAUGAUUUGCCCCACAAAAAGUUUAAUCAUCUAAUUUUAGAAGUUAAAGAUCCUGACUUCCAAGAAUUAGAAAAACUCUAUGGGUUCUUUAAAGGUGUUAGCUAUGAUCCUCUGCCGAAUUUGCAUUUUUAUGUAGAAUCAUCUGCAGCUGCUCCUAAAGAAAGAUAUAUCUUUUUCCAGCCAAUAAAUACUUGCCUACUUUGUAAUUUUAUUAUAAUAGCUACGGUAUCUAAUAACAAUAGACAAGUUUUUAUUUACUAUACACAUUGAUAUCAUUGAAAAGCUCUCCAAAGCUUGGAUGCACAAAAUCAAAGACUCACAAAUCCAAGAAGUUCACUACGUAAGAGACAAGCUCUACUGCAUUUCUCUCCAAAUCCCUCAAGAAGUCGCCUUUUCACAAGAUGAAAUCCUCAGAAGUGAAGGGAGCGUUUCGGAAGAAGAAAAUUCUGAAGAUCUCACUCCCCCCCCCUUUAAAUUGGAACUAACAAUUUUGUUCCAAUUUAAAGGGGGGGUUAAGAAAAUUUUUUUAAAAAAAAAAUAUCAAUAUAAAAUUUUUUUUAUAAAAAAAAAUUCCAAAAAAUUUAUCGAAUUAGAUUAAUAAAUUUGUUUAAUAAAAUGCUAUUUACUCUUUAUCCUUUAAAUCAAAGCAAGAUAUAACUAAAUUUUAUUAUUAAUUAAUACGCCACUAUUAAUUGGUAUCAAAACUGUUUACACAAAAAAAUUAUUAUUUUUAUUGAUAAAAAAAUUUAAAAAACAUAAUUCUAGAAAAAUUUAUGGAUCAAAGUGCUAAUUUUGUUUAAAUGAGAUGCCAUUUAUACUCUAUUUUUUGAAAUAAAGCAAGAAAUAAGUGAAUUUUCAAUUUUUGUAAAGAAUUCGCAUUGAAUUUAUAUCAAAAUAAUUUAAAUAAAAAAUAUCAUUUUAUCAAAAAAAAUAAAAAAAAAAAAUUAAAAUUUUUUUAAAAAUUUAGCAAUUAAGGCUAAUAAAUUUAUUUAAAUAAGAUACUCUUUAUACUCUAUUCUAUAAACAAGAGCAAGAUAUAACUAAAUUUUUAAUUUUAGUUAAGAAGAAAUAUUUAACUUAUAUCAAAUCUUUCUACAUAAAAAUUAUGAUUUUUAUAUAUAAAAUUUAUGAUUUUUAUAUAUAAAAUUUUUUAUUAUAAAAUUAAAUUUGUUCCAAUUUAAAGGGGGGUUAAUUUACCAAAAAAGUGCAAAUUUUACCGAUAUUUUGUUCCAAUUUAAAGGGGGGGAGUCAGAGAAACCAUGUCAAGACAAAUGGACUUUAUGCAGCGUUCUAUACGAGAAAGUGAGCUUGUACAUACUUCUCUAUUGAUGUCAAAUCUCAAUUCCCUUAUAAUUUCUCAGCAAGGAAAAAGACAACAGAGUAUGCCUGAAAGCCCAACGAAGCGUUUUAGGCCAAAUAAAUAG